AUGAGUGUCCGGGCCACAAGGCCCCGAAGCCGGCGAGGGAGGCAUGCUCCACCUGGUGAACUGGACCCUGUGGCUGAGAGUUCAGAGGAGGCUGAAGCAGCCAGUGGGAGCUCCAAGCCCAGCCCUGUGCCGCCUCAGGAGAACUUUGGACCAGAGCUGCUGGACCACGUGGCAGAGGCCAGUGGGCAGGCCCAUGGAAGCAGGACUGACAAGGAGACUGAUGGGGAAUCCUGUGGGGGACUGGCCUCAGCCCCUGAGGGGCCCCACGAGCCUGCAGUGGAAGCCCAUCCAGACCCAGAGGCAGCCCGACAGGACAGAGAGAUUGUCCCCUUCUGGAAUGGGGCUCCCAAUGUGUUUCAGACCCUGCAGCAUGCUCUGAGCUCCCUGGAGGCGGCUGCUGCUGCCUGGCGCCGCCAGCCCCCAAGCUGUCCUGGGCUGAUGGAGGCAGAGGACAGAAGCAAGAGGGGGCCAGGGCCAGGUGGGAAGCAGGAAGGGGCAGGGGGGUGCCAGCGGGAGGCAGCCCGCCUGGCCGAGAGGAAUGCCUGGCUGCGGCUGGCCCUGGGCAGCCGUGAGGACGAGCUGGUCCGCACUCAGACCUCCCUGCAGGUCAUGCAGGCUGAGAAGGAGACGCUGCAGAGAAAGGUCCAGGAGCUCCAGGACUCCCUGCUGAGGCAGGACCCCUUCCCACCUCCCUCCCACAGCCAAGCCGGUGGCUCAGGCAGUGGUUCCAGCAGUUCUGGGGCAGAUGGAGAACCUUGGGGGACUCAGGACUCCUUCUCCCUGGGUCACCCCCUGCUCCAUCAUCUCAGGAGUGAUUCCAGCACACAGAUACUUACAUCUCUCUCCACCCAACCCCUUGCCCCUGAGAUGCACAUCAUGGAAGUCCACAGGGAACAUCUCCAGGGAAACAUUGAGAAGCUCAAAUGCUUCAAUCGUCUGUUGUCAGCUGUGCUCCAGGGGUACAAGGGCCACUGUGAGGGCCUCAGCAUGCAGCUGGGCCAGCGGGAGGCUGAGACCACAGCACUACAUCUGGCUUUGCAGUACAAUGAGCAAUGUGAGGAGGCAUACAGGGCUCUGCUUGCUCUGUGGGAGGCCGACUCCAGAGCAGGGGACGAAGCCCCCAUGGGUGACCUGCAGGCAGCGGAGAAGGAAGCAUGGAGGCUGCUGACACAAGAGGCAGCUGCCAUAGAUGGAGGGAUACUGCAGGACCCACAGCCAAGCGCUGAGGGCAGAAGUGUGGAUAAGCCCACACCACAGGAAAUGGCUGUCCAGCUCCGAGGCUAUAUGCAGCAUCUCCAGGAGUGCCGUACUCUGGUGAAGAUUCCCCCAGAGCCUGGCCCCACCUUGGCACCCAUGCCCACUGUGCUCCAUGCAGAAGCCAUGCUGCAAGCCAUUCUGGGGACCCAGCCUGGCCCAGCACUGCCCCGGCUGGAGAAGACACAGAUCCAGCAGGACCUGCUGGCCACACGGGAGUCCCUGGCGGACCUGAUGCUGCGACUGCAGCUGGUGCGGCGGGAGAAGCGGGACCUGGAGCUGCGGGAGGCUGCCCUCCGAGCCCAGGGCCCAGCCCACAUGCUCCUGCUGGAGCAGCUGCAGUGGGAACGGGCACAACUCCAGGCUGGCAGGGCAAAUAGCAGUGGUGGAGACAGCAGCGGAGGUGGGAGCAGUGGGGACGAAGAGGAGUGGUCCCAGGGCUCUCCUGCUGUCCCUGGUGGCACCAGUGGCAUUGAUGGAGGCCAGGUUUGCAGAGUAUGGGACUCAGAGAAGUUAGCCCAGGAACUGGCAGCGUCGCUUACCCGGUCCCUGGACCUGCAGGAGCAGCUGCAGUCUCUGCGGCAAAAGCUGGAAAAGGUGGCUCAGAAGGGGCGAGCCAGACGGGCUCAGAGUGCUGAGCUGAACAGCGAUUUAUGCAAGGCUCACAGCGCCCUGGUCCUGGCCUUCCGAGGAGCCCACCGGAAGCAGGAAGAGCAACGGCGGAAGUUGGAGCAGCAGGUGGCACUAAUCGAGGCCCGGCAGGCCGAGGAGCUAGCAGCCCUGGAAGCCACCGCCAGCGCCCUGGGAAGGCCCAGGCCUCCCCGCCCUCCUCCCCAGCUGGGGGAGACCAUUCUGUAGGCUCCAUACCUGGCCAUGUCUAGACGUGCCAGACAGUUGUAGCAGACUGUGUCAUAAACUGUCCUGGAGUGAUGUUA